AUUAGAGACCUGGCCCUGGUACAUCACGACAGCAACAAGGUUACCAUGGAGACUAGCAAGCUGGGAUUGGCAAGUGCUCUAGUGCACAUCGGCUGCGUCUCAGCGCAGACAGAGAAAAGGAUGGACAUCCAGGCCCCACUGACGGCUGUUUACAUCCACACGGUGCCCGCUCUACCAGCGCAGUCUUUCCACCUCCAGUCUCCAGUAGCUGCCCAGGAGCCAGCCACACUCCACAUGGCCAUGCCGCCGCUUUACUCGAAGGAGACGCUCCCUUUCCUGACCCUCCAUAUUCCUGGUGGAGUGCAGUCCCAGCCUGGACCGAGUCUGGCUGCUUCCGUUCCUGCAGCCAGACCCAAAUCGGCAGGAAAACAUGUGUGUCCUCACUGUGGACGAGACUGCAUGAAGCCUAGCGUGCUGGAGAAGCAUCUCCGCUGCCACACCGGGGAGCGGCCUUACCCCUGCAUUACUUGCGGAGUUUCUUUCAAGACUCAGAGCAACCUCUACAAGCAUAAACGUACUCAGGCUCAUGCCCGCCUGUCGUCUGAAUCAGAGCCUUCCAGCCUGGACAGCAAUUCCGGCUCUAGAGACACCUGUACCUCCAGUUUGUCAAUUGAUGACCGCAGUAAGGAUCAAGGCAGCAUGGGCAAGGAAACCAUAUCAACUGCUGCUGAGAUUGACUGUCCAGCCAUUCCUGCAAAGGUCUAUUCUGUAAAAACUCAAGGUUCUUUGAGUGGGCAGCAUGGAAUGACCUCUGCAUGUCAUCGGACCCAAGUAAAUGAGACGGAAGCAAAAGGGAAGGAAGUAGAUAACCAGAAGUUGGGGGAAAAAAAACCUUGGGCGACUGCCAGUGGACAUUUUCCACUUCAGAGGCAAGAAGCCACACUGUACUCUAAGCAGUGGGAGAACUCUGUAUCUCAAGGGAAAUCGCAAAGCCAUGAGAGCACUGACUCAGGCUUCAGUGAGAGUAGUGAACACUACCCGAGCCCCGCCAGCGUUUUACCUGACCACAGUAUGGAUUCUCUUACCGUAUCAUCCAAGGAGCACCAAAAAGAAACCACCAGGACACAAACACCGUCUGGACCAGGCCGAGGCGGACUAGAACCCAGAUGCACUGCAAAGGAGCAGGAGCAGAAGACGCUAGAGGAACGCAUAUCUAAGCUGAUUUCGGAGAAUACAGCUGUUGUGGAGGACAAACAGCUAGAGCACGUAAGGCCGCGGAAGACAGUUCUGUCAAAGCAGGGAAGCAUUGACCUCCCAAUGCCAUACAGGUACAAGGACUCCUUUCAAUUUGAUAUGAGGAUCAGUAAGGCUCCGAAUGUUGGGUCACAAAGAAGCAGGCACCCCGGCUUCUAUAGCUCUGUGCCCACUCAACAAUCCAACACUCUUGAGCAUGCCCCCCUCACCCGCAGCAACUCCCUCCCAUACAGCGUUACCCUCCUUCCGCCAGACAGGAGCAGCCCAACCUCUUCCUUUCAAAGUGAUUAUGUAACAGUUGUGCGGAAGGGAAGCUGUGGUCAGAUCAAUCCAACAGGUUUCGCAAUGAAACCUGUGAACCAGCAUUCAUCCGCCCACCGGCCAUUGGUUCGGCAGACAGCCGUAGACGGCCACCACGCAACAGACGGUCUCUUCACGAAUUCAUCUGUGGAGGAGGCGUGCGCCAGCAGCCUCAGCUGCGAUGGGGAUGGCGGUGACAUUUGUGGUGAGCCAAGCAACAGAAAGUUCCGGAGAAAGAAAGCACAAAAGUUUGCAUAUGACAAGUGGUACAUGUACGGGGGAGGGACAUUCAAGAAGCUUUACAACACUGAGAAGGGCAGCGAUGAGAGCGUCAGCAAAAGCAGGAAAUGUCUGGCAAACAAGGAGCACGAGGUCGUUCAGAGCCUGCCAAAAAGGUUGUUAGUCAAUCAGAAGGAUACAGCAACAACAAUUAACUCCACAACCAGCAGUGCAAUAGCCUGCCAACCAGGCCUCCCUCCUGCCAAACUAAACCUCUUCUCUGCCGUGGAUUGGAAUGUCAAGGCUGGCCAGGUUCAUGCAUCAUGCAGCUCUCUCAAGACUCCACUUCGGAGAAACCGGUCUUUGUCAGUACUGCCAUUAUUUCCAGUUGGAUCAUUGGUUAGCAACCAGACAAAAAGCAUGAGCAGAGCAGAAAAAGGGACAACGAUUGAUCGAGAAAAACAUACUGACUCCAAAUCGCCGUUGUGUCGAGCCCAGGUUCCCUCAGACAUGAAAAAACAGAAAACUGAUGAUAAAAUAAUUUGCCCUCUGGAGAUGGAAACCGAGCCAACCACACCCCCCCAUCCCUGUCCCUUGGUCACUUGCAGUGCACCUCAGCAGGAUACAAGUACCAGUUAUAUCAACCUCCAGAAAAAUCAAACACAUACUCAGCUCACAGCAGCUCUCUUCCCAACGUGUAUAAUCAGUACAAAUACAGCAUCCGUCAGCUGCUCAUCUGCCACUUUCACAUCCGCCCCUUCGAAGGCCAGCUUCCUGCCUAAGUAUCAGCUAAAGUUACCUAAUGCCGCUGAACCUGGUUUCAAUACUUCACUGCGUGUUGUGGAUAAACCUCCAAGAACUGGUUCCCGCACUAUCACAUCUGCUUUGUCAUCUUUUCAAACAGGGAUAACCUCACUCUCAGUCAAAACUUGGGAUAGGAUAUGUGAAGUCCCUCGUCCAACUAGUGAAAUUAUAAAGACAAAUGCUUUCAGUUCCACUGAAGACCAGCUCACUUUGCCUUGCACAGCCACAACCCUUUGUCGGGCUGAAAUGCCAGCACUGAAUAAAAAUGCAGCAGCUUCUGCUCUCGUGCACCAGAAAUGUUCAGCAACCACAAUAACCACAACCUGCCUGCAAAAUGUUCAAGCAGGAUUAUGCAGCACUUCAAUACAACCCUCUCAAUCUCCAGCUGGUUCCCCUCUUUUGCAGUUACCUAGACCUGUUUCACAGACGGUUCCGCUCUUCCCUCCCACCACUACCAUAGCUGCAUCGAACAAUCCGCCUCCUGCUGCUGUCACUACGGCUUUUGCACAAGGUCAACCUAACCUCAACCCUCUGUCAAUCACACAACUCUCGCCAGCAUCAGGAGCUUCCAACAGUGCAUACACCACGCCAGUCGUACCUUGUCACAUAGUACCGUUUGACCAGAUGCAGCCAGAUGCCCGGAACGUGUUUCACGUUCACACGGCAGACCUUCAGAUCUGCUUUCAGAUCAUAUCUGACGAGCAGCUGGCUCUCAUUGAACCCCAGAUUGAGAGGCAAGCGGGUAGGUUUGUCUCGCAGAGGCGUGAUGUGGAAGUGAUCCAGAACCUACCUCAAAGUUGUAUUGCAAUAGAAAGUAGCAAUGAAGGAAGGGGCAUUCAACCGCAAGGACAUCAACAAGGGUUUGACCAAAGUGAAUCUUCACUCACAUUCGACACAAAGAGAAUAAAACCUCAGCUGUCUGCACAAUUUGGGGCGGAAGAGACAAAUUUCCACCUGGAUGAACGGGAUGAUUCCCCUCAGGAAACAGAAUCAGCUGAAUCCCCCCACCCUGGAACGCUAGGCACGCCGCUACGCCCACACAGAUACAAUAAUGUAAACACGGCCACUGUGACUCAGAGCUGUAUGGGCGAUAUUGGAUCAACUGCUGCUUCCCUCACAAGUGUAGAGUCAGAAGGGAGCCAAACCUCUGACCGGGAGCAAACCGUUUCUCCGACCUGUUGUGCUGAGGGGCAACUUUUGCGGGACAGAAGGGUCAGCCAAGGCAAACUAAUGCCUCAAACUGUCUCCGGCCAACACAAGUUCAGCGACACCCCUCUCUCCCCCAGCACAGUGAAUCUGAAUAACAGUGAAACAGUGGGUAAAGAAAACAAUCUUAAAAAUCAAGGAGCUCCAUGUAGUGCAGGCACAGUGAGAGCCAUGCAUGAUGCAUCUGUGUGCAGAAGCGACAGGUCUGAAACUGGGGAACCCAAUCCCCCUCUCCAGAUUGGACUUGGUCAGGCCUUCAGCGCUUCACGUACUGAUGAACAUCAUGGGGCUGUCUCUUCUUUUCCCAUCAAUAAAUGCAUUUCAUCCAGACAGUUGAACCCCCACACAUCCACCUGCUGCAGUAAUCCAACGAAAACUGUUUUGUCAGAGGCUCUGGAUUCAUGUAAAAAAACAAACAUGGCAUGUGACAAUAAGGGGCAGGAUGAAAACAGCUCAGCCGAUACAGAGCAACAACUCGCCCAGUUUAUGUCAAUGUCUUCAAUCAUCCAGGUAGAAAGAGCCCAAAGCACCCCAGCAGAGCUUCCAAGUAUUCAGAGCCAUCCUGCAGGUCUCAAGGGGGGAUGUGCGGCCCAGAAGGAGCUGCACACUCUGGGACACGGAGGGACCCCGGGGAAGCCAGACAGCCCAGAACGGAUGCCAAAGCCGAGCCAAGGGGCCGGCAGGACAAGCCCACAGUGCGUGGAGGGAGAGGAUGGGAACGGAGGGGUCAACAAGAACAAGGCCAAGUCCACCUGCACGCUCACACGUUCACCAGAUAUGUUGGAGGAAGAAGACAGGGCGGUCAACUUGGAUCCCACCAAACACUCUCGGCUAUCGGAGCGGCAUCUUCAGCAUUUUUCCCACACGCACUCAGGAAUGUCCGAGUGCCCUCCACGGAGCCCCCAGCGAGCGCAGAGCGCCCUUAAUUCGCCCGCCCGCGGCGGUCAGACGGGCCUUUCCCCGCCUCCACAGGUGGACACCGACAGCUUUGCUUUCUCGCAACAAUUGUGGGGAAGCAGCAGCAGCAGCAUCCGUAACCAACAGGCCUCGUGUGAAUCCAGUUUGAGUGAGCGCGUCAAAGCGAGGCCCCAAGAGACACAAAAUGGUUCCUCGCGGAGUGAGCCCGCCCCUCGGCCCACGCCGGCAUUUCCACAGCGCGGCACCGCUCCGGCUCAGCAAGGACACGCAGACGUUGAGUGGACGGCGGGGAGUCCCAAGAGCCCAGGGGUCUCGCCCGAUUCUCAUUCCGCUCAAGUGAGGCCAGCUGGAACCCCCCCCAGGUCAAACAGCAGCGUGCUGGACGCCGCCGCCGGGCCGCCAUCACAGCCUUUCACGUUCCCACAACCCGACGGUCACAGCGGCGCCGAGGACGGGCCACCGGAGGACUUCAACAAGUUCUUCUUUCCGGCCGAGUGUCUGAGCAGCGGAGCGAGGCCGCUGCAGAGCUGCAUGGACCUCACAGAGGACACGAGCAGCAGCGACGAUGAAGGGAAGCUCAUCAUCGAGCUUUAACCCAACACACACACACUGACAUUCAGAGUUUUUGCUGCUACAGACGUAUAACUUCAACCGUUAAGGAAAUCAGGGAACCACAUGUGUUGUCCAAAGAAGUCCAAAUAUGAAUAAAAGAAUCAACAUUGA